AAGACUUUGACAUGACAGAUGCUCAGGCCGUAGAUGCGGUAGUAUGGGAAGACAUACCGGGAGACGUCGCCCGUGCCGCAGACGCUGUAGACCUGCCCAAAGCAACAUCGAAUGCGGCAUCCACUGGCAGCGCAGAAAUUGACGCAAUUCUGACAGCGGAGAAACAAGACAUCAUAGAACUGGCAGGAACCAAUGACGCACACAAGAUCCAGUGCGAACGUGGCAACGACGAGCGCAGCGCUUUGAAGAGGGCUAGGCUUCAGCCAGAGGUCUUGAUAUCACAGCCUAGAAAGAAGAACCGGCCGCCCGCCCAUUCUCCCUCUAGGAGUUCAUCUUCACCACACGCAUCGGCUUCUACAUCGACAGUCGCACUCCCGGACGUAUCAGUCGCUGCUUCCGAAUGGUACCCUCCAGAGUUCUGUCGCGAGCGUCUUCGCCACACGCCUGUCUUUUCCGUCUCCCUCGAUCCGACGAUCCGGGACAUCACCAUCCACCAUGGCGCCAUACAAAAGGCCUUCGGAGGAACAUGGAAUUCAUCAUGGGCGGUGUUCGGCGACCUAGACCGCCAUCAACGCGGCCACAAUUACAUGCGUUUUCGUCUAUCCGCCUCGCGCAGCUAUCAUAUACCGCCGCGGGAGCCGGGUGGUCCGGGUGCCCUGCUUUUGACGUACAACCCAUGGCCAGAAGGCCCGCACAAAGUCCUGGUCAAAACGGAGGACGACCUGUACAAGUAUAUGGGUGAAUACGAUCUCCUGGAGGCGGAACCAAUAACUGUGGCAGAGUUCCAAACGUUACCGCACAGGACUAGACGAGCAUGGGGAGCGGGGCUUUGCAAGCUUCACAGUAACGGUAACUUCCUCGCGGCCAUAGCGCUCCAGAAGCAAUUCGGUCGCACCGCCACGGCGCAGGAGAUUGCCGCCGUGCUUGCGGGCCAGAAACCAGAGGGUGAACUUGCGAUGACGGCACAGGAAGUUCUGGAAGCCUUUGCAGAUGGGCGUAUGAUUUUGCGCGUGUGGGUGAUGCAGUGUGUCGGGUAUGACGAGGAAUUCCAGCGCAAGAUCGCAGGCCACGGCGGCGGGUCGAGCUGACAUCGACAGCCCUGUCUUGCUACCCUAAGCCGUGCUCUCGGGGGCCCUGGUACAAGUCGCUCGGCCCCGCGUCCGCGUCAUAGGAACCUGUUGUAGCGCCUCCCAAGCACUAGCACCCGUCACUUGCCUCGCGGCGGCCGCGGGGAAGCCAACCAGUGAGCUCGAUGACAUUUAUUCCGUGGACCUGCUGGUGCGUUGGACUAGUGUUUCGAGCUCUUGGAAGUGUGGGCCGUGGGAUGACUUAUGGCGUUGGGGACAGGUGCGUCCGUCGUCAUCGUGUAAACUUGUUGCACUUGCCGCUGCCGCCACGCUGUCCCAGGGUGUAAGCCAUGGUUCCAGAGGUACGGCCUGAACGCAUAGAGGUACAUAUCAUAUAUGACCUUUACGACUCUAUCUUCUCGUCUCCAUUGUACGUC